GAUAUAUUCAAAGCAGUGAUGAAACUACGUUCGUCGCGGAAUGACCUUUACAUUCAUCCGUUCGUUGGCGAUGUCAGUCAAAGUUGCACAUGGCUAGAAUCAACGGAAGUGACUGACGCAUUGCUAGAGCAGUACGAGAUGUGCAAGGACGUCGUUCAGAAUACCGCCGAUUCAUCAGUGAAAGCCGGUCUUUUGCCACGCCUAUGUGACUUGGUCGAUUGGAUAGUGUCAGCGAAGAUGAAGCAGAUGCGGACGGCGCCAAAACCGCGCCAUGAGACCGGCUCACUGUCACAGAGUCUGCAAGGCUUUCGGCUGCUGUGCCAUGAGCUCAUUUUUUCCCUGUACAAGUUGGGCGAUGCGAACGCGGCUACCACGCUGGCGACCAAAUUCUGUGAUUACGAAACGUUGAUCGACAUCUAUGAGGACAGCGAUCGACCCGACUUGUUGCAGGACUUGCAGCACCUGUUGUCGGAUCCGGCAUUUGCAGACGCUCUCUAUGGUCGUUAUGUGAAGCGCAACAAGAUCAGUCUACUACUCUCUCAAUGCGGACCGCAUUUGGAAAGGUUUGUUUCCCAAAACACACAUCUGGGCUGGUUGCUGCAUAUCAAAACCGGUGAUUUUGCUCAGGCAAGCGAAGAAUUACUGACGACCGCCCGUAAUGAAAACCAGCUUCUUAGUCGCAGGAAGCGUGCUAAGGUAGAUCCAUCAAAGCCAAUGUCGAUAAAGGAGAUCGUCGAGAUAUGCUGCCAGGACGUCAAAGUGGACGAGAAUAUUCUCUAUCGAGCAUUGUCUAUCAUUUGUGAAGACUGGCACCAUGACUUCCUUCCACAAGAGAUGGCGUUGAACUUGAAAAACCUGAUCUAUCGCGUUGCGCUGUCAAGAAUUGACUGGGACGACGUUUUCCUCUCUGAUGACCCGCUCGAUAAAUCUUCUAACUCCGUUUUCGCGCGACUGUUAGAUUUGGUCUUUGCUGAAAACAAACAUUCUCCCGCUGUUGCUGCAUUAAUACUUCCAAAUUUCCAUGUGCUCGCUGGCGCCCCUGAAUUUUCUAGUUUGGUCAGAAAUCCAAAAUUCAGUUUCGUUCUGCAAGCUUACGAAGAGCUUUGCCGGCAAAGGAUAGAGGAAGCUCAAUCAGAGAACCUCCACGAUGAUAACAAAAUGGUCAUGGAUAUCGUAUGA